ACCCUCCUUUUUAAUUAGGCCUAGGUACAACAGCUGAGCGUAGGAAUACUGGUAGCUGUACCUGUCAGGCGUCGAUCUGGUCUGCUUAGUUUGUGAUGGCUGAUAGAAGAUAUAGAGCUCCAAGUAUCGACACAAGACUCCACGAAGCAACUAAGAAAAAGGAUGUAACAAGUCUCCUCUCACAGGAUCCUCCAGUUGAUGUUAAUGGUUUAAACGAAGAAGGCAACACUGCUCUGCAUUGCUACAUUAACAGGCGAAGGAGUGAAGGUUACCCUCUCCUCCUUUGCCUACUCACAAACUGUGAUACUGAUAGAAUCGAUCUUGAUGCACCCGGGUCACUUCUUAACACACCACUGCAUCUUGCAGCUCAAAUUGGGGAUAUUGAUGCUGCCAAAGCUCUGAUAGCAUUUGGAGCUGAUAUUGAUGCACUCAACAUUAACCAGGAAACCCCAUUGGACAUUGCCUGUAACGAUGAGAUGAGAGAGCUCCUCUUCUUUGUUGGUAGUGAAGCUGGCGAUUGUGUCAGACAAAGGCUGGAUAAUUUUAAACAGCUACCACCUCCUGCAAUAGUCCGCACAGUAUCCAUUGAUGAUGGUGUUGAUUGGAGAGAGCUAUCACAAUCAACUGAUUUAACCAGUUUAACUUCUUCAAUACCUGCUGCUGCUAUGGAUAGCUAUAGUGUGUGGCUACGGUGGAGAGAAAAACAAAAGACUCUACAGGAGCAGAAGAAGCGGAGAAGCUCCUUUAAAAGAAGAGACCAUCGCUCUGCUCCUCCUCCUGUUUUCAAAGCGAGGGAGGGACACCGUGUCCUGUGUCUUGAUGGAGGAGGAAUGAGAGGAUUAAUACUAAUAGAAGUAUUGAGCUACAUUGCACAAACAAGUGGCCGAAAGAUAACUGAUCUAUUUGAAUGGAUAGUAGCAACCAGCACUGGAGCAAUUGUAGCACUAGGACUAGCUUAUGCCGAUUUGAAUCUGCAGCAAGUGAGGCAGUUGUACUUUGAAAUGAAAGAAAAAGUUUUUGGUAAAACUCGUCUUGGAUACUGUUGUGACACUGAAGCUAAAGAAGAGCUAUUAAAGAGAGUGUUUGGAGAUAAAAGAAUGCUACCACUGGAUAAUGGCCCCAAGAUACUAAUCAGCACAGUUGACAAAACAACAGACAAAUUAGAGCUUAACUGGUUCAACAAUUUUCGUGAAGAUGACAAGACCUUAUAUGGAAGGCCACUGUGGGAAGUGGCACGGGCCACAGCUGCUGCUCCAGGUUUCUUCAGCCCAUUAAAGCAAUGCAUUGAUGGCAGAGAGAGAGAGUUCAUUGAUGGAGGACUCAGAGCCAACAAUCCUUCAGAGAGCGGACUUACCAUCAUACAAGACUACCUGAGGCAGUGCAGUGAGAGUGGGGCUGGACAUAAAAGAGUUUCUUUGGUCGUAUCAAUCGGUUGUGGGGAUUUCCCUGGCAGAGAGCUUGGAGAUUUGGAUCUAGAGAAGUAUCUGUUUCCCGGGAAAAAUUUCCCUUGGCUUCCAAGUAUUAUCAAGACUUGCAAGAAUUUAAUGACAAUGUUCAUCAACGCUAUUGAUAACUCAGAAGGGGCAGCAUCUAACACUCGGUCUAGAUGUCAAGAGCAAGGCGUAGCUUUUUAUCGAUUUAAUCCAAAGUUUGACGAAGAAAUUAGUCUCACAGAAACCGAAGAUAAAAUACUUUGUAACAUGAUUAUUUCUGCUCGUGUGCAUAUUAUCAGCAAACUGACACAUAUGGAAGAAAUCAUACAGAGUUUCUAUGAAGAAAAUCAAUGAUGAUUUUUAUUUAAUUUGUUUUACCAUUUUACAUCAAUGCACAACAGUUAUAUUAUUGAUUUAUGAUUUCUUUUCUUAUUAUUGAUUGUUUUUAAAAUUUGAAAUUAAAAA